AUGCCUCUCGACAAGUGCCGUGAGUUCUGUGAAAAUUCACAACGCGCGGUUGUUAAACACAACAAAACAAAUUCCCCCGUCGAGUCGCCACCAUCACCUCCAGCAUCAAACGACCACAUCGUGAAAAAUUUUCCAAAACUCUUUUCCAAGGGCCUCGGGCAGUGUAAAAAUUUUCAAGCUAAACUUACGUUAUCCGAAAACUCUGUUCCAGUGCAAACUCCAUGUCGGCAAAUCCCGUUCGCGAUGGAAACUCUCCUAGACGAGGAAUUGCAGCGUUUAAAAUCCUUAGACAUAAUCGAACGCGUACAUCAAUCGGAUUGGAGUACACCUAUCGUCAUCGUAAAAAAACCAAACGGCAAAAUCCGUUUAUGCGCUGAUUACUCCACAGGCGUGAAUAAGGCAUUGAAAAAUAACAUGUAUCCUUUACCGAACAUAGAUUCUAUAGUAUCUAAACUAAAUGGUAAUAGUUAUUUCAGCGUUUUAGACCUCAGUGAUGCGUUCUUGCAAAUCGAAAUCGCUGAAGGAUAUCGUGAUGUCACCACGAUCACAACACCGAAGGGCCUUUUCAGAUACAAACGUCUACCCUUUGGCAUCAAGACGGCCCCAGCCACAUUUCAACAAGCCAUGGUUCUACCCGUCAAGAACACUAUAUACGUCUUCGCUCAACUUUACAACGCCUCGAGGCUCUGGGAGUUGAAACCCGAGAAAUGUCGCUUCGCUCUACGCGAAAUCAAGUAUCUCGGUCUUAUCAUCAAUGGCUCAGACAUCGCCGCAGAUCUUGAAACUACUCGAGCGAUUGCGAUUAUGCCUAAUCCUUCCUCCGUGGCGGAAGUCCAAACACUCUUAGGAAUGAUAAACCACUACGGAAAAUUUAUACCACAUCUUCAUCAGUUAAAGAAACCCUUAGAAGAUCUCACAAGAAAGAACCAAUCAUGGACGUGGAACGCACAACACGACACUACAAUGCUACACAUCAAGAAAAUCUUUCUUAGCCCCCUACUCUUAGAGCACUUCGAUCCUUCAAAAACAUUCAUCGUAGCUGCAGACGCUUGCUCUACAGGAAUCGGUGGAGUACUCCUGCAGCGAGACGUGUACGGGCACGAACGUGCUGUCUACCAUAUGUCACAAAGUCUAACAGACUUUCAGCGCAACUAUUCCCAGCUCGAAAAAGAAGCUCUUGCAUUGGUUACGGCGGUCGAACGAUUCCAUAAAUUCGUCUGGGGAAAGAAGUUCAUCCUACAAACCGACCAUAAACCGCUUGUCGCUCUCCUUCAAUCUGAAGACACAAAAGGUCUAAAACCCACUACAGCGGCUCGUCUCAAGCGCUGGGCCAUAAGACUACUGGGUUACGACUUUGAAAUCGAAUAUGUCCACUCACAGGACUUCGUGGAAAACGAAAUCCAACGAAUCAGAGACUUUUCCAUCGAUAAAUUUGGAGAAGAACUUCGUCUCAAGUUAAAAUCGGCUACCAGUACUGACCCCGACCUCCAAGCUAUCAUGGAAGCUAUUCGGAGCAAUAAAACUCCUACUAUCAAUUUACCUACGGUGGAACACUAUAAGAAACGUCUUGACUUCCUGUCAAUCGUCGACGACACCUUACUAUUCGGAGACAGAGUAAUCAUACCUCAAGGGAUUCAAGCCAGUAUCCUGUCAUCUCUGCACAAAGGCCAUCCCGGUAUUCGAAGAAUGAAGCAGCUCGCACGUGAAUACGUCUACUGGCCAAAACUUUCCGAGGAUAUCAAACAUAUAAUAAAACGUUGCGACCCCUGCGCACUAACACGCAAAUUACCAAUCAAGAUUCCAAUCUCUCCGUGGCCAAUCCCCUCUAAGCCUCUAGAACGCUUACAUGUAGAUUACGCAGGACCGAUAGACGGCCAAUAUCUACUCAUCUUUGUGGACGCAUUUUCAAAAUUUAUCGAAGUGGCUAUCACGCCAACUAUUUCUGCAGCACGCACAAUAGAAAUAUGUCGGGAAAUAUUCUCCAGAUGGUCCGCCUGA